AGGACACAUUAAUAGGAGUUGCAAUAAGCGCUUGUCUUGCGAAGUUUGCAAUCAAUGUCAUCCCAGCACUCUGCAUAUUAACACAAGAGAAAGAAGCAAAGGCGAAGAUCAGCCAAGGGAAUUGUUAGUGAGUGGCACGACUGUCUCAACUUGUGGUCAUACAGGGGCCGGAGGCAGUAACGGCAUCCUUCCAAUCUUACCCGUCAAUGUUAAGUGUCAAAAGGGAAACAAAAUCAUACAAACUUAUGCAUUUCUGGACCCAGGAAGUACUGACACUUUCUGUUCUGAACGUCUAAAUAGAAAAGCUGAACAUCAAAGGAAGAAAUACAAAGGUUCAUUUAAGUACAAUGUGUCACAGCAGUACUGUUCCAUGUUUUGUUGUCGAAGGCUUGGAAAUCUCUGAAUUUGCCAAAAAUCAGUUCUUUGAGCUUCCUAAGCUGUUCACGCAGAAGAAAAUGCCAGUGUCGACAAACAAUAUAAUUUCCGAAGAAGAAUUGACCAAAUGGACUUACCUGAACGGUUUAGACUUUCCUCGUAUUAAUGCUGAUGUCGAUUUGUUGAUUGGCACAAACUCAUCAAAGUUAAUAGAACCAUGGGAAGUGAUCAACAGCCAUGCCAAUGGACCAUAUGCCAUUAAAACCCUAUUGGGGUGGAUGAUUAAUGGCCCCCUUCAAAAAUACAGUGAUGAGCUGGGGAGUGGCUACCCCGCUGCCACUGUUAACCGGAUUUCCAUAAAAAACCUGAAGAAAGCUGAAAUGGGUGACAAAGAAAAGGAUUCUGGGAAGAAAGGCCCCUGCACUACUGGGGCAUCAGGUCGAGCAAAGAGCUCUUCAAGAGACAGAGAUGGAAAAGCUACAAAAGAUGAAAAGGCCGUCUGCAGUAGCGGCAACAGCAGCUCUUCGCGUAACAUAUGGUUAAGCGGCCUGUCUUCAAACACCAAAGCCGCUGUCCUAAAGAACCUGUUUGGCAAAUAUGGAAAGGUUUUGAGUGCCAAGGUGGUUACAAACGCUCGCAGUCCUGGGUCAAAGUGUGGCUUGGUGACGAUGUCUUCCAGUACGGAGGUGACACGGUGCCUCUGCCACCUCGACUGUACACAGCUCCACGGAAAGAAAAUCUAUGUUAAAAGGGCCAAAAAUGGUCUGUACAAAAAAGAAGAUAAGAACUUGGAUAAACUCUCAGAAAAGGACAAAGAUUUUCCCAAGAAACAGGAAGUCAGAAGUGGAAAAUCUGAGACUGUUUCAUCCAACUCGGGGCAAUGAUUCUUUGAAGAAAGAUGACAGAAAGCAUGGCCGGAUGAAGAGUCCAGGCAGGAUGGUCAUUUUACAUCAGGUCUGCAGGAGACCACCAUACACUGUACCUCAUCAGGGUUAUAAGAAGCUGUUGUGAGGCCGGCUGUUUUCAAGGGUACUUUUUGUUGUUUUGUUUUGUUUUGUAAUGGCUCCUUGUGUAAAUGUAUGAUUAAUUGUUGUGCCCUGCCAGAAACAAUUAGGGGCCGGUGUGUUGGAGUCAUUUUCUCAUGUUUUGUGACUUUGGACCUCCCACCACUAGGUGGGUCAAGGUUGCUUUAAUGUGUCGUUUGUCCCUACUUAAUGAGGUGAAGUGGGAGGCCAGGUGUUGCAAAUUGGCGAGAGCAAACCUUUUUUGAGCGUCUUGAUGUGAGCCAAGCCUUAAUGUAAAUACUGAACGUAAUGAUCCUAAAUAGAACAAAGGACAAAUUAUCGGGACUCUGGAGCUCACUAAAACGACAAUGAGCAGCCGGUAGUGCCUCUCGUUAAAAGGGGGCACUACAGUAUUUAUAAAAAGUCAACUGAUGCAUCCUCCGGAAAGUGGGAGGAUCAAGUCACAUCCGGGUAUUUUGACAGUACUUUGCGAGAAGCGAACUUUGAAUUGGAACAUGUACUCAUGCUGAGACUGAUGACGUUUCACGAGUCCACGAGAGCAGAGAAGUACGCACAAGAACGCAUAUUGAGAAACGCCGACAGACCCGUACGUGGUGCGUUCAGGUGCUCUAGUGUGUGAACGGAUGGUGCGUUCAGUUGCUACAGUGUGUGUAGGUGUGGUGCGUUCAGGUCCUGUAGCGUGUAUGUCGUGCGUUCAGGUGCUCUAGCGUGUGUACGCGUGGUGCAUUCAGGUGCUCUAGUAUGUGUACGUCGUGUGUUCAGGUGCUCUAGCGUGUGUACACUUGGUGCGUUCAGGUGCUCUAUCGUGUGUAUGUCGUGCGUUCAGGUUCUCUAGCGUGUAUAUGGAUGGUGCCUUCAGGUGCUCUAGCGUGUAUAUGGACGGUGCGUUCAGGUGCUCUAGUAUGUGUACGUGUUGCGUUCAGGUGCUCUAGUAUGUGUACGCGGUGCGUUCAGGUGCUCUUGUAUGUGUACGUGGUGUGUUCAGGUGCUAUACCGUGUGUACGAGUGGUGCGUUCAGAUGUUCUAAUGUAUACGUGUGGUGCGUUCAGGUGCCCCAGUAAGCGUGGUGUGUUCAGGUGCUCUAAUGUAUAGUUGUGG